ACGAACUGAGUAGAAGUCUUUUAAAAAUUUAUUGGUAUUUUGAAUAACAGUCGACAAGGUUUCAUUUUGAAAGAAAUUUUACAUACUCUUUAGUGAAGAUGGUUAAAACGCGCUCGAAACCUUCAAUUUCGGUGUUUAACAAGAAACACAAGCAGGAUUGUUCUUUAGGUGAAAAUGACCUUCCUGCUCAUCUUAAGGAGAAAGCCGCUGAGAAGACAAAGCGACCAGCAGAUGGUUCUCCGGAGAACGUUCCUUCACGAAAAAGAGCAGCUUUUGGUGAUAUUACAAAUGCGACUUUUAACCAGCCUGAGAAAGGAGGGAAAAAGAAGCAACCGAAGAACAGCAUCGUGCGAAAAGACACGGAACAGAGACAAUGUUUCACAAAGACCAGUGCAAAAGUAAAACAAAACAGAAGGAGCAAAGAAAAAGAUUCGCCCAUCAAAGAUCGAAAACCGUUAGUCUCCGCAGUGAAAUCUCAGCCUUCGUCGCCAUCUGGUGAUAUUUUAGGCUAUGGAGACUGGAGCGAAGAAUCUUCCCAUUACCAAGAUAAUUUGAAAAUAUCUGCAAGCACCACAAGUGAAAGUCUGGAUUCUACAAGAACUCAUAGUGUUAGUGAUUCUGCCUCAACAAGCUUGGAAGAGCCACUAAGUAAUUUAGGCUCUGAUGAUAACAAGAACAACAAGCCAGGGGUAGAGCAACCCUCCAAUAAAAAUGAUGGAAAAUUAGCUGAUGAUGCAGUGAUUGACAUUGAUGCCAACACAUCAGAUCCUGUAACUGUGUCAGAUUAUGCAAAUGAGAUCUUUGUAAAUAUGAAGAAAAGGGAGGAAUGUUUUCCGCUGACAAAUUACUUAGAAAAUCAGCAAGACAUAACUGCACAGAUGAGAGCCAUAUUGGUUGAUUGGUUGGUUGAGGUUCAAGAAUGUUUUGAACUUUAUCAUGAGACUCUGUAUCUGGGUGUGAAACUUCUUGAUCAUUUCCUUGAGGGGAACACAAUAAAGCGGGAUGAACUGCAGCUUGUUGGGGCUACAACUCUUCUUAUCUCAUCUAAAAUUGAGGAGCGACAUCCACCAUGCAUGGACGACUUCAUUUACAUCUGUGAUGAUGCAUAUAAACAACAGCACUUUAUUGCAAUGGAAACUAAAAUCAUGUCCAGUUUGGGAUUUGAUAUUAACAUUCCCAUUCCUUACAGAUUCCUCAGACGAUAUGCAAAGGCUGCAUUUGUAAGCAUUGAAACACUCACAUUGGCUCGUUAUCUUCUGGAAAGCUCCCUCCUUGAAGGUCAAUUUAUUACAAAAAGAGCCUCAAUGAUGGCUUCAUCUUGCUUAUACCUGGCAAUGAUGAUGAAGAACUGUGGAGAAUGGACAGCUACUUUGGUACAUUACACAGGCUACAGCAAGGAACAACUACAUGACUGUGUGUUACAACUUAACGCAAUGAACAGUGCACCAGCUAACAAAAACUUGAUGACUGUGAGAAAUAAGUACUCACAUCAAGUGUUUCAUGAAGUUGCUACAAUCCCACCUUUAGAUCCAUUAACCAUUCAAAUCUAGAUUAUCUGCUCUCAUAUGUUCAAAAAUUGUAUGGAUCUGAUUGAAAUACUUUGUAAAUAAGCAUAUAUUUAAGGAGACAUUAUCUAUAUUAGUUAUAGGUUUAGCAAAACAAUUUCUUUCAUGACUAUUAUGGUAUUAGAAGCUGUAAGAGCAAAAUAUGUUUAGUUUCUUUUUAUCAAUCAGUAUACUUUUCCCAUCAGAUUUUUACAGAGGAUUUUGCUCCAUUUACUUCUCUUCAAGUUUUUGUCACGAAUUUUAUAAAAGGCACUUUCAUUUUUAGGGAAAUUUCAUUCCACUUUUGUAUUUGAAAUGAAGCUAGUGUUCUCAUAAGAAGUUCUUUGUGUAAAUUUUUAAAUUCCAGUUGUAAGGGGAAGCAGGGAGUGUGUGAAUAGUGUAUCAUGAAGAUAAAUCUAUUUUAUUUCUUGUAGCAAUGGAAGAAUAGAGCAGUAGUUAAUCACCACUCACUUCUGUUCAGAGAUAAUUUUUUACGUUUUAAACACAUUUUUAUUUGUUUAGGCAGACCUCAAGCAAGCAGAAAAUGUUUCACUUACCAAACUACAUUAAAUCAGAUGUUCAUUUUGUCUUGUAAGACAGACCUCCACAAAUGAUUGGAAUGUAAUGAACAACAUUGUGCCGUAAAUACAAUGAUGAUACUUUAUAGACAACAAUCUACUACUGAACUUUUCUCGUGUCUUUUCAAUAGUGGUACAUUUCUGCUCUUGUAAUAUUCAUAAUACUGAGAAAUGCAGAUCACUUAUCAGGUUUGUCCGACAUACCCCUGGAUAUAUACAUCAGACUUUGACGCUGGACAAAAGAAUGAGAUUGUAUACUAGAAAUUAAAUUGUUUCUUUGAAAUUUUUAGUAAACGUAAAGGAAAUCUAAAUUUACAUGUGUUUCAAUGA